CUCAUUAUUACAAUGCAUAUCAUUUGUAGCUACAAAUCUUUGACACCCACAGCUACACAACCAUCAUAUAAAAUGAGCAGUUAGAGAAAAAUACAUUUCAUUUUGAUCUGUUCACAAGUGAAUUCGGUGAUCAUGGGGCAGAUGCAGAUUUACCUUGUUGUUUUCUGGGCGUUGCUUCUCAUGACCGUUGCUGGAGAGGGUGACAUAGGCUCAUCCAAAGAGUGCAAAAAUGCUCCCUUUGUUCCAGGACACAAUCUUGCUGGAGAAGGAUUUGAUAUUGUGACCAUGGAGCGAAAAGGUUCUUACGUGAUCGACACAGAAACAUGGGAUUUAGGAAACGGCACUUGUAAAUUGCACAAAAACACGUUCAUGAAUGGAGUAAAACAGAAGCUACCAGCAGCAGUUGUAGACUGGAGGGCCUUGCCAAAGUGUUCAAUGAAAGUCUCAAGUCAGAUCUAUGAAUCAAGUGAAGCACUGGUCAAAGAAUCAUCAUCGGCAGUCUCGGCUGGCUGGAGCAUUGGUUUAGAUGUGUAUGCAGGGGGAUAUGUGGUUGGAAGCACUCAUUCCAGUGAAUCAAAAUUUGCAAUGAAAAAAUCGAAAGAAGACAAAUAUAGUUUCACCAAACAUGAAGUUGAAUGCAGUUUUUACAGAUAUCGUGUAGCUGCAAAGCCUCCUCUUCAAGCAGAGUUUCUUGAAGCAGUCAAAUCACUCCCUGCAUCCUACGAUCCAGUCGCAUACCGCAACCUGAUCUCAACCUAUGGCACUCACUAUACCACAAGUGUCAAGUUAGGAGGGGAAAUGAAAGCCAUAACAGCCAUCAAAAGCUGUCAGGCAGCAAUGAUGGGACUUACAGACACUGCAGUGAAGGACUGUUUGGAUGUAGAAGCCUCUGGUAUAUACAAGGGAGCAACUAUGAGGUCAAAGACAAAUUUAUGUGAAAAACUAAAAAGAAAGAUGCACACAAGUGUAAAGUUCAGCUCCAUGUUCAGUGAACGUCAAAUGGAAAUUAUUGGAGGAGAAAGAAAUGGAGAAGAUCUACUUUUUUCUGGUUCAUCACACCCAGAUUCCCUUAAAAAAUGGGUCAAGUCUUUGAAGAGUCUCCCUGAUGUUCUGCAUUACUCUCUGAAACCCCUUCAUUUCUUACUGAGUGCUAAACACCCUGCCAGGAAAGGACUGAAGAAAGCCGUUGAAAAAUACAUCACUGAAAAUGCCCUUAAGAAGGUUUGCUCUAAGACUUGCCAGUCGUUCAGCGCAAGAGACCGAUGUGCUUGUGUUUGUGAAAGUAGUCAAAUGAUAACGUCUAACUGCUGUCCAGCUGCAAAAGGACUAGCCACCCUGAAAGUCUACAGUCUCAGAGCCAGAGGUCUGUAUGGAGAUAAAUUUACACAAACAGAUGGCACUGUAACUGUUACAUAUGAUGGCAAAUAUAUGCGCACUCAGACCAUUAAUAAUAAUGACAAUCCAAGCUGGCCAGAAACAUUUUAUUUUGGUCCUAUUAAGAUCAGAAUGGACAAAAAAAUAACUUUUGCGGUGUAUGAUGCAGACAGCUACUGGAACAGCGAUUUCCUUGGUUCAUGCUCUUUUUAUCUUAGAAGUGGAGUUGUGCGUGAUGCUUGUGCUUUUACAUAUGGCACCUUCUAUUUUAACUACAAAGUUGAAUGUGCUCCCAGUCUACAGGGCCCUAAAUGUGAUGAAUACAGACCUUCUCCAAUGGCUGCCCCUCUGGCUGAUAUUUUCAGCUCAAGAAACGGUGUUCUGGUUAAAGACUUGCCAAUGCUUGAAUUAGCUCUCAAUAACUCAGAUAUGUUCGAUUUCAAGAGUACUUUUGAAAAGCCAGUGAUACUGUGACCUGCAAUUUGAAUCCUUCCUUUAUGCAUGAUGCUUAUGAGCCUAACUGCAUUUUAAUCUGCUAGAAAAAAGUAUAUCUAUAACUUUUGCUUACUUAUGUUCCCAUUUCCUUUCUGCAUUCUUGCAUUAAUAAAGCAUUCAUAAAGAGA